UCAGUUGUGCUUUGUAGCAAGCGGUCACAUUAAACGACGUGACAAACAAAAAUAAAAAACGCUUUGCUUUUCACAACACGCAGCCAAACAUUUGAAUUAUUUGCUCUAAUUGUGUGAAUUAAACUACAACGCCAUCGCCAUGGAGUGGCCUUCACUCUUGGACAAUCUGCAAAACAAACGCCCUGACGCCCUGGCCGAGAUACUCUACGAGCUGAACACACAAUCAGCACCGCCGCCAAUUCUCGAAACAUUGCUUCAAUCACAGCCUAUUUACGAUUGCGCAAAAGUUGGCGAGGAUAACGCAAACCUGGCCAUAGAUAUUGUGCGCGGCUGUCUUUUAGAUCUUGAGCCCAGUGUACACGAUGUCAAGUUCCCUGAGCUGGUGAGCAAAGCGGUGAAGCAUCCCAAUGCCGCAAUGCGUGGCAUUGUUUUGGUUUAUGUGCUAAACCAGCUCAGCCUGGAGGGCUCACCAAAGCGCCCGUCCAACAAGCUGAUACUCUUGGCGCUUGAUGAGCUACAGCAGAAAGAGACUACAUCGAGUGCCGAAGUCACGGAAAUCCUCUCAAUUAGGAGAUAUCAUUGGUCCACAGAGAGCGAGGUGUUGGAUGGACUGGUGAAUCUGUUAAAACAGAACGAAGUGGUCCGUUGUCGUGUCUACGAAUUGGGUGUCCAAUUGGCCAGAAAGAGUCCGCACGAUCUUAGCGUCGUUGAGUUCAUAUUGGAUGCGGCGCUCGCCGAAGUGUCCAGCGAUGAUGUGCUCCUAGUGUCCAGUGUUAUGGAGAUUUUGGUGCCAUUGGCCGAGCAGAAUCACGGCCUAAGCUAUAUGGAACGUCGUGGUGUGCUCGAGAUAAUUAGCAAGCAAGUGGAAAACUAUCGCGACAGUCCGCUCGCCAAUCUUAUGCUGCCCGGCAUCAUGAAAUUCUUUGGCAAAGUGGCUGCAGUGCAGCCGCAAAAGGUUAUCCAGGGCUAUCCAGACAUGUUGAGCUGCCUAUUCCAGUUGCUGUUGAGCGAAGAGAAUCCCAUGCUGCCCAUUGCCAUGGACACCUUGGCCAAUCUCUUAUGUACGCUGCAGGGCAAGACAUUGAUGCAGUCGCAACUGCAGCCGGUGCUCGCAAAAGUGUUCGGCGCCUACGGAGAGUAUUUGCAUCAUUUGCCACCGCCACUCAAGAUUCGUUUGCUCGAAUCCCUGGAAGCUAUCUUCUUCCCACACAGCAAUCCCAGCAAUGAGCUAAUUUCCCUGCUGGGCGGCUGGUAUGAAAUCAUCGCUGGUGGCCAGCAGAUCGAUCAUCUGAUGAAGCUACUCAAUACGCCAUUCGCCGAUCUGCAAGUCACCGCCUUGGCCUUUCUGAAUAAGAUUUGCGAGUACGAUUGGGGCGUCAAGGCGGUGCAACAGACAGCGGGCGCCAUUGAGUUUCUGCUGUCGCGUCAACAGCAGCUGGACAGAGAAGUCAAGUUAAUCAAAUGGCUGGUGGUGGAGAAGCUUUCAUUGAGCGCAGAGCUCUCGCCAAGCGAUAUUGUCCGUUUCACCGCCUACGUUAAGGAGGGACCAGAUUAUAUGCCCACUGAAGUCAAUAUCGCCACCGAGGGUAGCAAUUAGCAUUUUACUAUAAGGAAUGACGGCAUUUAGCUGAUAAGCUUUUAUUUUUUCUGGUUAUUUGUUAUUAUUACAUUACAAAUAAAAUUAACGAUUUAUAGAUCA